AUGUUUUUCCAGAUCCCUACCUCGAAAAUAACGGAAGAAGAUCAUUCCGAUGAUAGCAUCAAAAAAGUGCCUACACUCAGCAUCGAAGAGGAUACUAUUUUGAAAACGAUGCACAAGAUCGAGAUGGACACCUAUGCAAUGUUCAAAAAAGUAAAGUGCGACGGUUUGACGAUGCCCUACCUUUAUGAUUCACUGCCGCUUUCUUCUCCAACCCCAUGUCUGCUAAUGGAGGACAUUCACUCGAGCUACAUGCUUGACGUCAUCGAUGGAUUCAAUGACGAGCAGUUAUACCAAAUCGUCGACCAAAUUGUUGCGCUUCACGUCUACUCUUUCACGCACGACAGUUGGAAAUCAUGCGGAAUGGGAACCAAGAUAGAACCCAGUUAUUGGAAAUUCGUGACAAUGAUUAACGAAAUGGGCAAACACUUGAUGGCUGAAUAUCCAACGUUGGAAAGAGGACUCACUUUACUUUACGAGAACUAUACAGCUAAUGGAUUAUGGUACAUUGAGUAUCUUCAGCACUACCAGAAGAACGACAUAAUUCGUACCUACGUGCAUGGUGAUCUGUGGGCGGCGAAUAUUCUAUGGCGAAGUGAUAAGUUGGCCGGAAUCAUCGACUGGGCGCUGUGCCACGCCGGAUCUUUGACUGAAGAUCUUCAAAGAGUACUAGUUACUUCCUGCUCUGUGGAAACCCGAAGACGUAUGACACGUACACUUCUCAAAUACUACUUUGAUAGCAUGCAGGGAAAAAUGGCAGAAAUUCAUAAAGAAAUGCCAUUUUCGUUUAAGGAUCUAGAAGAUGAUUACCACCGUACACUGUCGUACACAUGUGGACUAACCUUGUUCGCCGCAGGAUUCUGGUCUCAAACUUCGAUAAUUCGAAGAGGAAAACCCGAUGACAACGCCAGGAUGAAUGAGCUUGUUUCCAGACUGCAAAGCUUACUCGACGACACUGUGGUGGCACAUGAGUGGCAAUAG